CGCUUUGGUGUACUGAUUCGAGCUGAUUGUUGAAAGCGAAAGAAGAAGAAGGGACUUCCCUUCUUUGCACGAGCUGCCCGUCAUAUGAUCAGUAAUGCCUUAACUUUACACAAGAUCUGCUCGUCAGGUGAGGAUCACUGCUUUGCGCUCUGCCCGUAGAAGAAUAAAGACCCCCGACAGGCUGGAUCCGCUGAGGAUGAUGCAUUCUCUUCUAUCAUUUACCUUGCUGUUUACAGCUGUCACAGCCAGUCUGGUGAAAGAUUCCUCUCUAGACUUGCACUGGGAACUAUGGAAGAAAACGCAUCAGAAACACUAUUUUGGAGAGGAUGAAGAACUUCAGAGACGUUUGACAUGGGAGAAGAACCUUAAACUCAUCACACUUCACAACCUUGAAUUCUCCAUGGGAAUGCACACUUAUGACCUGGGAAUGAACCACCUUGGAGACAUGACACCCGAAGAGGUUACAGCUAAGCUCACUGGCUUUCAGUUGCCUGCUGAUUAUAAAGUUAGCAAUUCUAAAUAUGUUCAUUCUUCUAAAGUCAGUGUACCUGACAAUAUUGAUUGGCGCGACAAGGGAUGUGUGACAGAGGUGAAGUAUCAGGGAUCCUGUGGAGCUUGUUGGGCCUUCAGUGCUGUUGGUGCAUUGGAAGGUCAACUCAAGCUGAAAACAGGCAAGCUGGUGUCUCUUAGUGCACAGAACCUCGUAGACUGUUCAUCCAAGUAUGGAAAUCGCGGAUGUAAUGGAGGUUUCAUGACCCAGGCAUUCCAAUAUGUUAUUAAUAACCAAGGAAUUGACUCUGAUGAAUCCUAUCCUUACAAAGCCGUGGAUGGUCAGUGCCAGUAUGACGCUGCUGCGAGAGCGGCCAACUGCAGCAGUUAUAGUGAACUUCCAUAUGGGGACGAAAAUGCCCUGAAAGAAGGUGUUGCUAAUGUUGGACCGAUUUCUGUUGCCAUUGAUGCCACACGGCCUACAUUUAUUCUGUAUAGGAGUGGUGUGUACAAUGAUCCAAGCUGCUCACAGAAAAUAAACCACGGAGUAUUGGUCGUUGGUUAUGGGACCCUUAAUGGGCAGGAUUACUGGCUUGUAAAGAACAGCUGGGGGGCAACUUUUGGAGACAACGGGUACAUUAGAAUGUCAAGAAACAACAAUAAUCAGUGUGGCAUCGCCCUGUUCCCCAGUUACCCAGUCAUGUAAACUCUUCAACAACAACAUUAAGAGACUGGCUGCUACAUAAUCCACACUUUUCUUCUUCCUAAAGUUUUCCUUUUUUAAUUCACUUUAUUGUAAAUUUAUCUUUCUUUGCUAGAUUAACCAAACUGAAAAUAAUACUGUUUAAUGGUAUCAGUAUAAGCAAAGGAGACAGCAAGUGCCACACAGUAUGAAGAACUUGAACUGCCAGACUGAGCUCAUGGAUUGUGAACAAAAUGAUGUCACACAUUAGCCCACUGACGAAAUACCACAGUGUCGCAAAGACUAUGACUCCACUGACAUUAUGAACUGUAUGAUAUAAACUCUAGUCUAACUCUAGUAAAAUUGAAAGAAAACAUUUGCAUAUAAAUGAGCCUAGCUGAUACUUAAAACUAAAACAAAGGAAAGAUUGAGAAAAGAAAGUUUGACUGAGAACAAACCUGCACAUGAUGGGUUGAAAAACUACUGUCUUUCUGAGUAACUCUUCCUGUUUAACAACAGGAAGACAGCAGUAAUUCAGUGCUUGUUUAGCAUACCAUUUCAUGGUUUGUCAGCUGUGUUACAUUUUAAUUAUUUUUUACUUAAAGAGUGGAUGCACUUUGAUUUUUAGACUUGUGUUACUAUUAUUGAAUAACAGAAUUUGUAUUAAUAAUGUUUUUGUUGUUCUUGUGGCAACAGCACUGGUACUCCUUUUUUAGAGUGCCUUCCAUUUCAUUGCCUCUAAGAGAUGCAUAACCAGUUUUCAAUACACUUGAAAAGCUGAUUCAGCAGAGCAGAUCAUUUGAUCGCAUUUGAUUAAUCCUUUCAGAUGUUAUCAAACUCAUUUCAUUUUGUUUGUUGUCACAGAGACUGGAGCUAAUAAAGUAUCUAUCUAUCUAUAAUAAUAUAUAUAUAAUAUAUAUAUAUAUAAUCAUGGCAGCACUGGGUACAAGGCAGGAGUUAACCCUGGAUAGCUCCAGGAUAGAUUUGCCCGUAGCAAAUUAUUUUAUAUAUGAAUUUUCUAUGUUACUUAGGGAUUUAUCCAAUAGUCUAAAGUCAUGAAUGUUAACCUGAGUGAGGAAUCUAAAGUGUUGCAGGUUUUGCAUGAGUGUGCUUUGUGACGGAUCCCAUCCAUUGCUGGUUCCUAUAUUGCACCCAUUUCUGCUCCCUAGUGACCAUGAAUUAGAAUCAGCAAGUUGUUAUCAAAUCUUCAAGCAAAACAUAAUAUUAAAGUAAAGGAACACUGAACAAAAUGAAAACGAAAAAAUGAUAACUUACAUUAUUUAUCUGUUGAAGAGAGGCAUGCAAUUUUAAGAAAAACAAAUUGCCCCCUUGAACUCAAUAACGUAUCAUACAUAAACAGAAAUGUCUGCAGUCACCGAUGUAUCUCUCAUUGUGGACCCCAUCACUGCAGCAUUGAUUCAGAUCAAGGACAUUGGCAUUUCGAGUUUUGAACACAAAUGAUUACUUUCUGGUCGAUUGAAGGUCCUAUUUGUCCUGCCACUAAAAAGUCAAAAUUGGUAAAACAAAACAAUGAAUUGGUUUGGACCUGGAGAUGAAAUGAAGACCAAACCAUAAUGUUUUAAAGUGCCAAAAUAGCAACAAGAAAAUAUAAACACACCAAAGUGUCAAAGUCCAAUACAUAAAAGAAAAAAUAAAUCUUAAAAGAAAUGGAAAAAAUUUCCUGACUACCAAAAAAUCUUCACCAACUAUCAGGGUGUGUUUGUUUAUCAGUUUAUCCAGCAACUUAAAUACCUGUUUUAAUGUAUCAUAUAUCAUCUUAUAUACCCGCACUGUAGUAACAUUAUCAUUGUCACUUCCGGAAGUCACACAGUAGUGAUGAUGCCAGCACUCACAAUUCAUUACCAAAGUGGCAAUGCAAAUAAACAAAAAUAUAAUGAUGAAAACUUGCAAAAUUUUUAUUAAGCCAGAUACUGAAAAAAUCAACAUAAAAUGAUGUACUAUAACACUUCUUGUUCUGAAUUGAUAUAAUUAAACUCAUUUUUUGUCAUUUCAAGUUCAUUCAA